UAAAGGGACUGGGGAAAAUCAAAUCUAAAUGUUUUUCAGUUGAUCCUCAUUCAUAUGAUUGCUCCCAGAAGGAGCAAGAGCGUCUUCGUCUCCGCAAAGUUAAGCCGCAUGGGGGACGCUCAGCCUGUUCGCAGUUUCCUGUUCAAGAAAUGUUACCCCGCGCCAGGGAGGGGUCAGCGCAAGAGGCCCAGAAACGACCGGGAGUCCGACAGCAGCAACGAUGAAGAUAGCACUGUGGUCAGGAGGGAGAGACAUGAAGAAAUUUCCAAUCCGAUGAUUCAGAAGACCAAAAUAAUUGUAGAGGACAAGACAUCCUACAGGUCAAGCAACAGCGAGGAUGAGACCAUAUCUGAGGGCGUGGGAGUCGCAUACAAGUCUACGAGAUCUGUGAAACCAGUGGGUCCAGAGGAUAUGGGGGCAACAGCCAUUUAUGAACUGGACACAGAGGAGAAAGAUGCUCAAGCCAUCUUUGAACGUAGUCUGCAAAUCCAGGAGGAGCUCCGAGGAAAAGAAGAUGAUAAGAUUUACCAUGGAAUCAAUAAUUAUCAAAAGUAUGUGAAGGUGAAGGAUACAUCCAUGGGGAAUGCAUCCUCAGGCAUGGUCAGAAAAGGACCCAUACGAGCCCUGGAGCAUCUCAGAGCCACAGUGCGGUGGGACUACCAACCUGACAUCUGUAAAGAUUACAAGGAAACUGGGUUUUGUGGCUUUGGAGACAGCUGUAAAUUUCUCCAUGACAGGUCAGAUUAUAAGCAUGGCUGGCAAAUUGAACGGGAGCUGGAUGAAGGACGCUACAGAGUUAAUGAUGAUGAAAACUAUGAAGUCAGUGAUGAUGAUGAGGAGCUGCCAUUCAAGUGUUUUAUCUGUAGAGGAUCCUUCAAGAAUCCAGUGGUGACCCAGUGUAAACACUACUUUUGUGAGAGUUGCGCCUUGCAACAUUACCGCAAGACCCAGCGAUGUUAUGUAUGUGACAAGCAGACCUAUGGGGUCUUCAGCCCAGCCAAAGAGCUAAUAGCUAAGCUGGAGAAGCACAAGGUUGAAGAGGGAGCCCAAGAGGCUGAGGAGGAACCAGAAUAGCCAUUCUCAGCUUUCAUCACUGCCUCAGAUCCCUUCCUGAAAAGCCUGUUUUGUAAUUUGAAUAAAUGAUCUGGUUUCUACUGGUUUGCGGUUCCACGUGAGGUGAGGCUCUAUGGGAACCUCCUGCUGUUCCAUGCAAUGCUUAAUAAUUUUACAAAGAUUAUAUUCUGCCUUUCUGCCCUGAUAAGGGCCACCAAGGUAGCUAACACGUUAAGAACAUCUUUACCUAUAUAAUUAACUAAUAUGCAAAGUGUUACAAUGACGAACACUCAACCAAUGGGUGCACAGGACCUACUGGUUGUGGGUUUGCUGUUGCACUCAAACACUGCAGUGGGGAAGUCAUGCCUUGCGGCCUGCUGCCCCAACCCCCCUCCCAAUGACCUCCCCAUUCCCCUGCCUGUCCUCCAACCACCACCCCCAGCACAUUUCCUGGGCCCUAUGGAGCACUGAUUGUAAGCUGCCAAUGUUUUGUGGGGCCUGGUGGAAGCCCCCACCAUCGCCCACUCCCACCCCGGAUCAAGUCCCCCACCUCCCUUCCCGAGACCUCCAGGUCUUGGGAAGCAAGGUGGGGGGGAAAGCAGACCUGAUCUUGUGUGCUAGACAGACUGAAUCUAGCACACAGGAGCAGGCCCCACCAACAGCUUGCCAGCCUCCAGAUGGAGCCUGGAGAUCUGAACUUGUAAGUAACCUGUCUAGAGUCCCAUUGUAUUCAGCACAACGGGCUUUACUCCUAGUAUGUAAUAAAUUCAUAUCUUAAAACCGGAGCAUGCAUGCAAGGGCAUGCAUACAAAAAGAUAAAAAUUAUAACAUUGGGGCAGGAAGGAGGAAACACUAAAUGGAACAAAUAUCUUCACCCACUGUGGCAAGACAGCAGUAGAAAGGGACGGGAGACUGGGAAGAAACUGGUUCCUUUAAAAUAGUUUCUUAUUCAAUUCAAACAAUGGGUCAGUUAGAGGCCCAGAAAAAAUGGAAGUAUCUUUCUCUGAAAACAUAGGCCAGGUGGGAGGUAACCCCAGGCAUGGUCGUAGAAUUAGGCCUGACAGUUUCAAGGCCAUAAAAUCUAGGAGGGUGGGUACAUUUAAUCUCAUAGCUCAUAGGUCAAGCUAUGAGAGAGUGUUUGUUUAGUAGGAUCCAGUGCAACUGCAGGACAUUUGGUCUAAUUGGCAAACAUAUCUGAUUAGUUGAAUAACCUGGGUACCAACAGACCUGAUUGGGCAAGUAACAUCAUUUACUAUACCUUUGAUUGGUUAACUGAGCCAGGUUGAGCACAUAGGGAAGAUCUUUCAUUCUGUUUUUGCCUAGCAAGAUUAGACACAUCUACCCUUCCUGUUAACAAAACCUUGCCUUGGACUGUAAAACUUUAUUGGACUCAAGUCUUAUGAGAAAUGCCUGGAUUUUAAAAUAAUGCCUAGAACUGUGCUCAGUCAUAGCCUUUUAUUAUUUUAUCCUCACUGUUAACUGCUCUUUUGUUGACUAUUUCUGUCCAAUUUGAUAAUAAAACACUGUGCUUAU